UUGAAGCAUGAAACUGGAGUUUCCGAUUCAAAUAAACAAUACAUUAAAAGAAAUAAUAAUGCUGUAGUGGGUAGAGUGUUGCAAGCCUAUUUGUAGAGGUACCCUUGAGAGGCACUACAACUACACUGUCCUAUAAUCUAAAUAGAUACUAAAUAAAAGGUGCACCUCUUUCUGUCCUACAUCACUGCAUGCGAUUGGAUGUAAUUUCGAUUGUUAAAAAAAAUGCACUUUACAAGUUAAUUUGACAAACUUUAUUUUAUAUGCACAUCUAACUUCAAUGUUGCAGUUCUGUUUGCACAACGUGCUGCACUUCGAUAAAGCAGAAUGCCAAAAUUCACUUAGGGUGUUUGAUCUAUGAGUGAACCAAAAACAUUUCGGCUCAGAAUUGGCUUUUAAACAGUCCGUAUAAUCUUUGCUAUAUUGUCAUAAGACACCGAUCGGACAUGAUCAAUGAUCAACAUUUGCUUGCCAUCGCAAGAUCAAGAUAGCAUGUUCUGAGAUGUGUGAAUUGGGACCAUUUGUUAAAAAACUGAAGACUGGUCAUUUUUUCCCCUCAGUCACACUGAACAUAUCCCUCAUGCUUUAAUAUGGCAUGAAACAAAUCGUGUUUACAUUGGAAAUUUAAAUAUGUAACGGUUAAUAAUCUGCACAUACUAAUAUUUUCACAUUACCACACAAUUAAUUUACAACUCUCAUGAGGAUCAGUUGUGCGCAAGAUGAAUGAAAACUCAAUGCAACAUUGACGUCACAAAAUAUUGUUAUAAUAUCACGUAUGAAGAAUGAAUUCUCAAAUUUAUUUUGAGUCUAUAAACAUGCGAGCAUCAGAACCUGUCUGCAAGCCUGUUUCUGACCGAGAAGUCGGAACCUGUCUGCAUGCCUGUUUCUGGCCGAACAACUAUGGCUUGACUACGCAUUUCACGCAUAUUUAGAUAUCACAUAUAUGUUACUAGAUGUUUGAUUCGUCUCUAUGGGGCAAUGGAUACGAUCGUCGCUGGAUGGAAGCCAUUUUGCGUCUGGGGCUUUCGAUAAACAAGUCAUGGGAACAAUCGUGUUCAACUUUUGAACGGUGUCCAUGCCAGUAUUUUCGUCAUAAACGACAGAGAUUAAGCAAAUUAAAUGCUUAAGCAAACAUAGUAUUGACAAGAUCACUUUGCAAAAAAAAAAAAAAUUAACAUCAAACCUGUAUCACAACAUCGUUAAUGCGGCGUAAUAAAGCAAACAGUCUUUAUAAUCAUAAGUUUGGCGAGAUGAGUUCGUUGAAGUCAGAAAUUCACUUAAGAUUGCUGAAGUUGAGCCCGCUAGCGGAGCCACCGACGCAAGAUGGCUACCAGUUAUCUACGUCGCCGACUCCCAUCUUUUGAAUCUAAUUUAGUACAAAUUAAAUAUGGUAUUUAAUGUCAAAUAUAGUUUGUCAUCAACAUGUUCUUAAACAAGUUUGGCCGCGUUACGUUAGGGUUGUACAGCUGCAGGACAGUAUCAUGUGGUGCCGUCAGGAGUAACGUGGAUCGGAACCAAUUCAGCUGGACCGUGGCUUGUAAAAAGCGAUCACUGUGGCUUCAAAUGAAUGCAGGGAAACAGACACAACAACACGCUACACACCAUCAAGUCAGUUCACGAUCAGUCCAUCAGACAACGGUGGACCCUGGUGAGCUGAAACGGUUUCAAGCGCUAGCCAUUAAAUGGUGGGAUGAAAAUGGAGAGUUCAAGGCCCUCCAUGCCAUGAAUGACCUGAGAGUGCCUUUCAUAAGAGAUAAUUUGCUGAAUGCGCAGAAAGCUCAAGAUCCUGGGAAACCACUUGCAGGACUGAGGGUACUGGAUGUUGGCUUUGGAGGCGGCUUGCUCACUGAGCCUCUUGGUCGCAUGGGAGCCACAGUGUUAGGUAUAGAUCCAGUGGAAGAAAGUAUUGGCACGGCACAGCUGCAUUCAUCGUAUGACCCCAAUCUUGCCGAGCGGGUCAGCUAUCGGACAUGCACCCUGGAGGAACUAUCGGCAGAUGUGGCAGAAGAAGAAGCGGGCCGGGGAGACGUCCUGUUCGACGCCAUCGUAGCGUCCGAGGUUGUGGAACAUCUGGCUGACCUGGAAACAUUCAUCUUCUGCUGCAACCAUGUGCUGAAGCCAGGUGGCUCACUCUUCAUCACCACAAUUAAUAAAACCAACCUGUCAUAUGCGCUGGCCAUCGUGGCGGCCGAGCAGAUUCUGAGUAUUGUUCCCAGAGGGACACAUGACUGGGAAAAGUUCAUCAGCCCUGUAGAACUGGAGCGCCAUCUGGAGUCGAAUGGUUUCUCGGUGCAGUCGGUCCAAGGUAUGAUGUACAAUCCCCUAUCAGGAGCCUGGAGUUGGAUCAACAGCACUGCCGUCAAUUAUGCCCUGCAUGCUGUCAAACUGGCUGAAGAGUCCCAGCCAGGCCCUCAAACAGGCAAACCAGGCCACUUUGCAGGCUCACACAGCUGAACCACUGAACAUGACGUGGAAACAAUGGUGAAGAAAUCUGAGCCAAACACUAGAUUAUUUGCACAUCUCUGCAGCAGACAGUUAUUCAAAUUAGUUUUUCAGUAGCAGAGUUGAAGCCCCACAUUGCAUCCGUUCAUUUCUCAUGGUUCCUCUUAAAUAAUUCCAAACAUAUUUUGUGGGGGGAAUUCUAACAAUAAACAAUUCUGUGUGAGUUUGGCGCCACAAGGCUCAAGUAUUUUUAGCGCGAUAGCAGGAAAAGGGGGCAGUCACAUGCUCUGAGGGUGGAAAGCGUUUCACGUGUCUGUAUUAUGUAAUAGGAAUAAAGGCAAUGGCAUAAAGUAAGUCAUGUUUGUCUGCAGAAAAGGCGAAUAUGUUUUCGAUGACAACAAAUUUAUUUUGGGGGGAUUGAUGCAUACAGCAUGAAGAAUGGUUCAGUGGUCACUUGCUGAAUUUUUUUAAUUCCCCCCGAUAAUAACUACAAUUUUUUCAAUGUAUAGUGAUUAUGGUAGUUGACAGAAUAACUACACAACUGUCUACACCAGGGGUCGCGUUAACCGAAUAUUUUCCGUCGUUGACCGGUUUUUUAAAACGGUGACGGAAAAAACUGAAGUCCGUCCGUCAUUUUGACAGGUUGCAAUUCACACCCCAGACCACAGGGUGGCAUAUUAAUUAGCUAUUGUCUCUCUUAAUGCAUGACGUCGUUGGCUAUUCUGUCAGAAUAUUGUAGCGUCACCGUGGUCUGGCGGCAGCACCGUGAUUGACACAUCAACGCGAGGUUCUUAUUGGUGCACCCGGUGUGCCAGCGCGUCAUCCAAUUGGUGGACUAGAUUGUCGCCUGUGUAUAGACAAGUUUCCGAGGUAUUUCCGGUUUACUUCCUUAUGUCUUCCUUCCCCUUCCGUUUCCGCCUGUUUACCGUUGAAGUCAGUGGCGGUGGACUCGAAGUUGGGAGGUCUUCAUACAAGAUCCCGGGAAUGUUAUUUUGAUGUAGGCGGGUGGAGAACCAAGCCAAGGCCUCCAUGCUUCGUACCAUGUCGAUUUCCAAACCAUGGGUGCUCGUACUCGUCAUACAGGUGGGAGGGAAGGAGAUGGACAAAACUGACAGCUCCUGCAGUCAUGCCCCCGCUGUUGUGGAAGGUAAUGUGCUCUAAAAAUACGAAACCUAAAAUCUGGCGCAUGAAACGACUUGUUGCCUUUGCUAUUGAUAUUACGAUGAUGAUUGUAAUUACGAAGUUUAAUCAUUUUUACAACAACUAGCUUCUGCUACUGCUGCUAGCCGCCGGUUGCUAAUCGUGUUUGAAUGCACCGCAUAAAUCCAAGUAUUACAAGUUUUUAUUCGUUUGUUUACAGCUGGGAAAUGCUGUUAUAAAAGAGAAGACAACUUGACUUGUACGUUGAUGGACAUAUAUCGAACAUAUAUAGUUUGCGUUCCACAAUGAUGAUGACAGCUCGACUCCCGGGAGAGGCCGAGAGAGGCAGGAAUUGUGACAGACGGUGGUUCGCCGAGAUCGCCGUGAUCCAACUACGAACUUGUGAACGGUAGCGUCUUUAAAUAUAUGCUAUUGGAGCUGGAAUUACCGAGGACGGGAAAAAAGCACAUCUAAAUGCCGCCGAGGGCCUCCAUGAUGUCGCUAUUUGUUCACGGGGCUCCGGAGCUCUGCGGUCUGAUAUCACAUUCUCGUAUGCUAUUUUUGCAAUACUUUUAUAAAUGUGAUUUAUUGACCUGUUUUGGAGUGCACCAAUCGUUUUAAAUAAAACAAGAAAUUGUAUCAUGUCUAAAUGUUUUAUUGCGAUCAAUGCCUGCAAUAAAAAAAAGAAUGACAUACUAUUUGUGUUUACAUCAUAUGUACAUAACCUUGUAGCAUUUCCUUGUAACAAAACAAUCCAUGUCAGCCCUUCUGCAGUCGGCAAAUGUAAUAUAACUUGUAAUUUCACCACAUUUUGGUCACUAAUGGCCGUAGUAUCAAUCCAUUCCUCACGUUAACACAGGCUGACCGUUGUUAAUAAUUUUGUCCACGAAUGAUCAACGAAGUGACACGAACUGCCAUCCAAUCUCAUCUACGUGUCAUCUAGGUCGUGCUGAAUCAAUUUUUGAAGAUUCCAUGGGUUUCUCUGGCUUGAUUUCGUAGUUUUAUCGUCGUCAAUACACUGCUAAUACACUGCUACUCGACCGGACCGGAAGUGCGAAGCAGACAUUUUCCAAGAUGGCGGCGCCCGUAUUUCGCUCAGGAAACUUGUCUAUAGACCCCAAUCACAUGACGUCACAACUCCGCCCCCUGACUGGAGCAGCCAUAUUGUCCGUCAGCUCGUCGUGUUUACACAUUAAUGCUACGUACAUGCCUCCUAUUACGGCGUGUUUUUCUGCUCGUUAACAUUAAUAAUCAAAAUGGCGAAGGCGUGUGUGGCGGUUGGUUGCAGUAACAGAGAAGAUAGACGGAGAGACUUGAAGUUCUACCGUAUUCUGAGAGACCCGAAGAGGAGAGCGAGAUGGACUGCUGUAAUUCGACAAGAAAUCUGGGCACCAAACGAUCCACAGACUAUGUAGUAGUCAUUUUAUAUCUGGUAAGAUGCAUUUAAUAUAUAUUUAGAAGAUUUUGGGCUGACAACCACAAUUAAGAUCAUUGUGUGACGUUGGUGAUUGGGGUCUAUAUAGUUGCCUCUUUUUCUUUGGGAGUGGAGUUGUUUUGUUGGUGUUGUUGGCGGUAAGCAGAGUAAAAAGAGGGAGAAAAAUACAACUUCCGUGUCUAAUUUUUUGCCGCCAAACAAGCGUUACAAUAUUAAUUAAAAAUGAAUGAAAACUAAAAACUAUUGAAUAUGUCAUCAUUAUCAUUUUAAAAAUUUAAGUGACUGGUAAAAAUAGAUUAUGACUGGAUUUUUAUGACCCUGUCAGUCAAAAUGAUGGACAACGAAAAUGUCUAGCGCAACCUCUGGUCUACACAAUUAAAAGACCAAACAACAACACAAAAAAAAUAUUUUUUUUGCUUUCCAGUAAGUGUUCCUGCACAUAUUGGGAAUAAAUGGGGAUAACACUCUGUUUC